AUGGAAGGAUCUCACAUGAAGAUCACUCCGCAGAAGCCGGCGCACGAGGUGCCGUGCGGGCUUGAGCUAUGUCCACUCAAAGAAGACUCGGCGAAGGCUCGACAGGCUCAAAGCAGGUCUUCUGAUUCAAGCACAUACGAUGAUGCUGUACGAGCCAGCCAGAGUGCAGGCAAUGAUUCGUCAGCGCAGCAGUCUAUAUCAGCUGGAGCGACGAAGAAGUCAAAGAAGAGAAAUCAUAAAAACAAGAUUAAGACAGCGCAGGAGCCAGUAUUGGUGGAAGAAGGACGAAGAAACUCUACCACUGGGCCGAUUAACACCAAUAUCACCUACCAGCUGGAACUCUCUAACACCGACCGCAAAGGCGACAAGAAGAGGAAGUGCGCCUAUCGCCAUCCGGAUCAGCCCGUCAAGCGAAGACGCACGGACCUGGACUACGAUGAUGAUAUCUCAAAUGGAGCGAAUAUUGUGAAGGAUCGAACCUGCUUCUUCUGGUAUCAUGGAUGGUGCCCGAAAGAGAGUGAUGCUGCUCGUGGCCUUGGCCCACCUUGUGAUUAUAGGCAUUCCCUGACUGAUCGCCCUACUAUGGUGCAGUAUCCACCCAGAGACCACCACGGUGGCAUUGCUUGUGGCAAACAAUGGUGCCCGAUUGGUCGUGAUGCUACCAGCGAGCACCAGUACACCUCUUCGCUAGCCGGUCAUCAAGCAAGAGAGAGCUCGAGCGAGCCCUCAACACCUGGUGAAGGUAAAGGCGAAGGUGAAGGCGAAGGCUCGGGCAACCCCGACUCGGACACUACAUGCUUCUUCUGGUAUCACGGCUCAUGUGCGCGGUCCAAGGAUCCUCGAAAUGGCCACCGAUGCGGGUUCUUACAUGCAUUGACGGACCCGCCGACGAUGGUACAGCCUCCGCCUGGUUACAAGCACCGCACUCACUGUGAGAGAGAUUGGUGCCCAGGUGACGCGCGAGAGAGGUUUACCACCCUCAAAGACGCUCCGACGGUAGGUGAGCAGCAGUCGCCAGAGGACGCUGCUGGUCAAGGUAAGGCAGCCAGGGAUGAGGCACAACAACCCGACUGGUUCCUGAAGGGCUUCGAUUGGUGA